AUGCUGCAAGCUGAUAUGAAAGUUAUUAUGGCUGAUGGUUCUGCAAAGGCCAUUUCUCAAGUUGAAAGAAAUUCAUUCGUAAAAUGUGAAGAUGGUUCAAUAUCUAGGGUUGUAUCUAUCAAACAAGACAAACAACAAAUUUUUAAAAUUAGUCAAAAAACAAAACAUAGAGCUGAUACUGGAGAACCAGGAAGGGUUGAUCCAAAGAGAAAGAAUAUCUAUGAGCUAAUGAGCUUCGAUUGUACUGCAGGACAUGAAUUGGUGCUCCGUACUUCAUCAAAACCUAAUUUAGAACAAUCAUAUAAGAAUAAACGAUACCGAAUCCGUUGGACAUCUUUAGAAGACGCAAUCACACCUGACGGAAGAGCUAUUCAAAUACCAAAGCAUCAUCAUAAGUAUUUCCAGAUGACACCUGAAGGAAAAUUAGACGCACUUAUGUUUUUAAAUGAAAAAAUUCAGAAUGAUGCCAAACCAAUUGAUUUUCGUCUUCAAGUUCGUGACCUUGAUCUCUUAACAGCUCAAAUUAGAGUAUCUACAUUUUCAAAAUUCUCACCAAUACUUGGUGGUAAUGGUGUACUUUCCAAAUUUUUAACUGGUAAGAGACACUUAAUCACAUCCUCAGUAAUAAAUAUGGCAUGGUUACUAGGAUUGUGGAUGGGGGAUGGAACUACAAAAGAACCUGAAAUCACAGUCGAUACAGUUGACAAGGAACUAAUUAAAGCCCUUAUUAAGAAAGGUGAGCAAUGGGGAAUAUAUCCCGAGUAUGUCCCUGAACCAGAAGAAAAGAGAGCAAGACAUCUUCGAUUGUAUUACGGUAAUAAAGUGGAAGAGCCCAAAAAAACACGAAAUCUAAGGAAGCAUAACCCCUUCUGGGUUGUGGUUACUGCUCUGAAUUUUAAAAGGGAAGGAGAUGGUCAGAAACAAAUUCCUCAAUUUAUGUGGGACGAAGAUAUUGAAGUACGUGAAGCUUUCCUUGCGGGUUUGAUAGACUCUGAUGGAUACGUUAAGAAACAAUUUGAAAGUAAAGGUAUCUAUAAGGCGGCUAUCCAAACAAUCUAUCCAUCUAUUAUGGAAGGUAUUUCAAAUAUAUCCAGGUCUUUAGGGAUAUCUGUUACUAUAACAACUAGAUCAGAAAGAAAAGAAAAAAUUGGUGGGAAAAAUUGUCAUUGUAAAUUUACCUUCGAUUGCAAUAUUACUGGAGGAACAGCAUUGCAAAAUGUUUUAGCAUAUUGUCGAAGUGGUCAUAAAAGAAGAGUUAGUCCUGAUAAAAUAAUAAGGGAGCCUAUCUAUUUUGGGUUUAGUGAUGAACAAGUAGGUGAAGAUAGUGCGUACGGAAUUGAGAUAGAAUCUAAAAAAAGUAUUUUAUUGGAGAAUAAAUUUGUGGUUAGCUCAUGUGGUUCUCAUUGUGAGCAUGAUCAACCAAAACUGACCAAUAGAAAAAAUUUAAAGCAUUGUAUUGCUUGUCCCCGUAAAGGUGUUCGUUAUUUCUAUAAAGAUUGGAGCGGUAAUAACCGUGUUUGUGGGCGUUGUUACGGUAGAUAUAAAUUUAGUGGGUAUCGUUGCUUUAAUUGCCAAUAUGUUCCAGAAGCUAGAGAAAUCAGAACAGCUAAGGUUGUUGGAGAAAGAACCGGUGUCACUCCUCAAGGGGAAUUUGUGACUGGUUUGGAAUGUAACCGUUGUUCAGGAAUUCUUAAAUAUGAUGAAAUAAGGGUUAUCCCAAGACAAGCCACAGCUGUUCGUACUAUUAAUUGA